UAUGCCAUUUUUACAUAAAAAAUGAGUGCAAGCUUGACAAUGAGGCAAUUUCUGUUUUCUAAUCAUUUAUGGCAAAUAGAACAUAUGAUUCAGAUAGAUGUCUAAAGCUACUAAAAAAAAGUUUGUUGUUAAGGAAGUUUUAGGAAAUUAUGAUAUGCCUGAACCCCAUCAAAAGAUAGUUAAAGUAAUGAAAAGUAUUGGAAAUAAUUUACACGAAGUCAUUGAUUCUGAAAGUAAUAUAUUCAUCGUUAGUAUGCCCACAAAAUUCAGAAAAAAUAUAUGGAUUAUUAGAGGAAAUUACCUAUUAGUUGAACCUAUAAUUGAAGGCAAUAAGGUGAAAGCAGAAAUUGUGGCUAUAUUAUUUAAAGAUCAAAUCAAAAACAUUAAAAAAUCUGGAUUUUGGCCUCAUGGAUUUAUUGAAAAUGAAAUAAAUGGUGAAAACAAUGAAAAUGAGGAAAAAAACCAAAAUGAUGAAAAUUAAUAUUUUGUUAAUCAAUUUCUUUGAAUAAUGUUAAUUGCAAAAAAUUGAUACUUUUUUUUUAAAUUAUACUUUAAUCUUGAAUAAAAUUUCCUAAGAA